AUGCCUCCACGAAGAGCAGUUAGAGGACGUCCUGCUAGGCGUAAUGUUGAGGAGCAAGAGUUACCCAAUGCACCUGAAGUGCAACCGCAAGGAGAAGUUACUAAUGCUGAGUUCAGAGAGGCUAUUAAGAUGCUCAGUCAAGUUGUGACUAACCAAGCUGGGCAGCAGAGAGGAGAUCGACAAGAAGAGACUAACAUUUCAAGGAUUCGAUUCCUAAGCGUUCAUGAGUAUGGUUUGAAAUUCACUCAACUGUCUCGCUAUGCUGCGGAAAUGGUUGCAAACAUGAGGAGUAGGAUGAGUCUAUUUGUUGUUGGGUUAUCAUGUCUAUCGAGCAAAGAGGGCCGGGUAGCAAUGCUUAUUGGAGACAUGGACAUUUCGAGGUUGAUGGUCUAUGUGCAGCAAGUAGAGAAAGAGAAGCUAAGGGAUAUGGAGGAAUUUAAGAACAAGAGGGCUAAGACAGGGAAUGAGUCCGGGCAGCAGAAAAGUAAUGCCAACCAGUCAUCCUUUCAACAGAAAUAG